GGUCCAGUUAAGCUCAAGUAUGAUGACAGAACUGUUCCCCUGACACGGUUAAAAGUGUUUCUAGGGAAACUCAGAGUGAUAGACGUGUUGAGUUUGGAGGAUGUGAAGCAGACCGUGGCUGCGGUGGAGAAGAUCUCAUUAGCUCUGAAGACUCUCAGUGAUGUGUAUGUGAUGUCUUCCUUCCGUCUGCCUCCUAAACUGGGUGGAGUCCUGCUGGGUCUCUACAACAAGCAGGAUAACAAGAAAUACCUGGAGGUUGCCAUCAUGAGCAAGAUUAACAAAAUUCUGGUCCGGUAUGUUCGUGAAGAUGGGAAGCUGCACACAGUCAAUCUGCAGAGCCCAAAUCUAGCAGACGGACAGUCUCAGUCUGUUAUACUCCGUGUCGGUGGCUUGCGCAGAGAGUACCUGAGCCUCGAACUCUAUGUGAACUGUCGUCUGGCUGACUCUGCCCAGCGGCUGCCCCUAUUAGUCUCUCUGCCCAGAGAUGCAGAGCUGGUGGAGAUUCGUAAUGGCCACAAGGCAUACACUCGGAUGCAGGGUUCAGUGGAGUAUCUUAAAGUGGCUCUAGGGAGCACUGUUGCCCAGGCAGGGGCUCUUACUGACUGCCCCUUUCAGGGAGACGCCUCUUCAUAUAACAUAGUGAACGGUGAGGUUAAUUCUAUUCUAGGUGACCACACUAAAGCUCUGAUUGGGCAGUUGAUCAUCUUUAAUCAGAUCUUGGGAGAGCUGAGAGAGGACAUCAGAGAACAGGUGAAAGAAAUGUCUCUCAUCAGGAAUGCUAUUCUGGAGUGCCAGAUGUGUGGAUUUCAUGAGCCGCAUUCACUCUGUCAGCCCAACCCCUGCUUUAAGGGCGUGGCCUGCAUGGAGACGUUUGAUUUCCCAGGGUACCGCUGUGGCCCCUGUCCAGAGGGCAUGACAGGGAACGGCACACACUGUCAGGAUAUAGAUGAGUGUGCAGAGGCUCAGCCGUGUUACACACCAGGCGCAUGUGUCAACACAGCAAAAGGGUUUACCUGUGAGCCCUGCCCACCUGGACUGUGGGGUCCUCCUCUCUCUGGAUUCGGUGUGGAAUAUGCUAAGAGUCAACGUCAG